CGGGGCAUUGCCGCCCGAGUCUCCAUCUCCUGCCCUGCCAUCUCCCGGGUUACCGGGUGGUGGGGCGGGCGGCGGCGGGGGUAGGAUGCCACCCCUGCCUCGGGCGCUUCGGGCGCCCCGUGAAGCUCCGUUCGCUCCCCUACACCCCUCCCGCGAGUGCGACGCAUAGGGGGUGCAGGCUGUGAGGCGCCACCCUCGCCGUUACCAUGCCGUCUAGUCGUCUCUUGGGCAUCCGAGGGCGGAUCGACUGUGUCUCGGGCGGUCGAAGGCGGUGGCGGUGGAGGCGGGGGAGGUGGAGAGGGUGGUGGGGGCGGUGGAGGGGGCGCAUCCGAAGGAAGCGGUUGAGAGCCUCUCCCAGGGCUAGAAGAGGGGUGCGGCGGGAGAAGGUUGGGCCCCGACCGCUGCCGUCGCAACUCACGAGCCCGACGGCCUCUCCCUCUAACCACACCCUGCUGGCGGAAGCAUCGGCCGCCACAGAAGGUCGUACAUAUCAUGAGAAGAAAUGGGCAUAAAGGUGCGUGUACAGCUCUUUGUGCUUUCUGCAGGUGGGACAGAGCAGGAGCAGGGAGUGCGAGCGAGAAGAGGGAGAGGAGAGUGAGGCACAGCUGCUAGAGAAGAUGCGAAGCGCGCUGAUGGCGAACGACAUGGAGGCAGUGAGUCUCUGAGGGGUGUCUUGCUGAGAUUGUCGAGUCGAUGAGUUGACACGUGACGAGCACAUAAUGCACGAGCACAUAAUACGCGAGUACACAUGGAUGUCUCUGUGUGUGUGUGUAAAGGCCGCCGAUCUCGGGGAGAAGAUGUGCGAGGGGUGCCUGCGCAAGGUUUUGGAGUGCAUGUUUGGGACGUGCAAUCCUGAGAGCCGGAUGCGGGCAGUGGAGUGUCUGUUUGCUUCGGAUGGGGGUGCGGCCGAGGGUAUUGGCGAGGUGAGAGACACGACGGGAGACACUUAGAUGUGCAUGAUGCAUUGGUUUUUUGUAUUGCGUUGUGUUAUGACAGGCCGAGCAGGCUGAGCGCAAGAAUGACGACGAAGAGGAGCCGCCGGUAGGGAGACGCAAGCGCAGGCGCCACAGGGUGAGGCAUGCACACGUUUGUAAUAGGUGAGGAGUGCAGUGAUAGUGGUCUACGGGCAUUUUUUCAUGUCGCAGUUCGUCGAAAGUGCGGCGUCUUCGGAGAAGGAAGAGGAGGAGGAGAAUGAAGACGAAGGCAUGGAAUCAGAGGUGAGGCGGAAGGAGUUGCCAUUUCGACCGAUGCCUCCUGUUGCCCUUGAUGUGUGUCUUUGUUGCAGGCGGGAAGCGAUGUGUUCAGUGGAGUGAGUCUUAGUGGGCGCAAGCGGAGGGGGGCGAGACGGAAGGCGCGCAGGACGCAGCAUACCUCGACACGGGAGCAGGGGCAGGUGUGCGGACGGCAAGAGGUCGUACCGACACGCAAGUGGUCACGGCGUUGAUGCGUGUCGUGUCCAUUUGCGUAUGCAGCGAUCGGCUAGUUUGGGAGAGCGCAGCGAGGAGGAGGUAGUGGAGUGCGAGGUGAUUUGUCGGUUGAGAGGAAGCGCAACACGUGUCGUUGGGAGAAAGGACACACGCGUGGUUUGCAUGAGGAUGGAUGUGGUGUAGAAUGAGGUACGGCGCGAGAUGGGCAUCGAGUUCGAGGAUGACGACGAAGGCAGCAGUGAGAAGGCGCGAGAGGAGAAUGCCAUGUUCAAGUGCGACCGGGUGAUUCAGCGCACCAAGGAACGCUAUGAGCGUAGGCAGGUAUGGAAGGAUGAGAGAGCAUGGUACAUGGCAUGGCUAUCUCGCAUGCAUCCAUGUUGCUGUCGCAGAUCAUCUUCGCGCCACCGCCAGAGAUCAGCACCAACUACGCGGCUGCCGAGUGUGGGUCCUGUCUGGCGGGCGAGUUGAGCCAGCCGGCGCACUCGGAUGGUCGAUGUCCUGUUAAGAACUAUGAGAGCCAGCUCAACUUCGAGCCCCAGCUGGACCGGCCAUCCAAGAAGAAGGACUCCGACGGCCUUCGGGCUCGGCGAGCUCUCAUCCAGGUCCGUCUGUGAGCGUGAAAGGAUCGCCAAAUGUGGAGAUUGGCCAUCUGUGAGUGUGGUGUGGUGUUGCAGAGCCCCAGCGUGCGUUUCUGGCAGCUCGACAUGCUCAAGUGUGUCAAGCUCAAUCCGUUGGUGCAAGCCGCGGGCUUGACCUGCAGCAUGUCUGGAACUACCAUCAUCGUCAAGCAGGGGCUCAAGAAGGUGGUCACGAAGAUCGACCUCACUGCGCUGCUCAACUUUCUUCGCCAGCGCAAGUUCUUGCGCAAGAAGAUAGGCGAAUCAAAGCCUUAGUCGACGAUGAGGUCAUGUAGCUGCAUGGGUAUGUGUGUUGUUGCAGGUCUUCGGGUCGAUCGACACGGUUGAGCUGCUGCGUUUGCAUCCGCCGCGAUGCUUCAAGUGCGGUUGCUGGGUGAAAGGCUUCCCUCCGAGGGUGAGUGACUGGAUCAAAGCAGGGACAUGUCUAUCUCUCACUUACUCGAUAUCCAUGUCUCUCUCGAUGUGUGUUUAGUUCGAUCGGAGCGUCUCUGGUCAUGCUGGCUACGCUGGGAUUCAGUGUGGCAACAUGAGCUCUCAGGACGGCGGCAUCUGCGAAAACCGCCGCGAGAAGCCGGAGAGCAACCUCACCGCCAUCUGGACGGACGCCUAUGUCCUGGGCGUGUUGGCGUUCCACGGCAUCGUUCCUUUCUAGGUGGGUGCCAUGGUUCCUGUCUCUGCCCGCGAUUCAUCGUGUGCUUGCGGUUGUGGUUGUGGUUCGUCAGGAACGGUGAGGUGUUGGUGGUUUUUCGUUUAUGGAUUGGGUAAAGGGAGACCCCUUCAUGAAUUGUAGUGUAGAAUGGCUGGCUAUUUCUCUCUGUUGGUGGUCCGUGCAUGCAUGCAUGUGUCUGUGCUGUAGCCGACUUGUGUGUCCAUCACUCAUCUACCUGUGGCAAGCUG